UGAUGACGUUUUUGCCAACAUGGCGGCCUACAGUAGCUGUCACACUGGAGUAGGCUACACAACCUAGUUUAGAAACUUGACUGUUUCUAAAAACUGAAUAUGUGCUUUUAAAUUUUCAUCUUUUUUUCCGAUUGAAAGAGAUGCUCGAUAUGCAAUUUAAAGUCAUAAUAUGGUUUCUAUGUCAAGGAAUAACAUGUUAGUAAGCUGAAAGAGAUGAUGCAUCUGUUUAGAUCGCACGGGCUCUUUCUGCCCUUUAUCAAACGCUUUCCUGAUAUUAAAAUAUGCCGCAUUAAACGCAGAUCUCAGGGCUGCAUGAGCACAUGUACAGUCAUCAGACACAGAUGGAUGAAAAGCAUCAGUCCUGUCAGACACUUCAGCUCUAAUGCGUCUGAGAAGGAGAGUUUCGACAUGUCAGAAUUUCCAGUGGAGAGAAUUCGCAAUUUCAGCAUUAUUGCUCACAUUGAUCAUGGCAAGAGCACUUUAGCUGACAGACUGCUGGAGAUCACAGGUGCCAUUGCAAAGACAGCGAGUAACAAGCAGGUGCUGGAUAAACUGCAGGUGGAGAGAGAGAGGGGAAUCACUGUUAAAGCUCAGACCGCGUCGCUCUUCUACCAGCACGACGGACAGACGUACCUGCUCAAUCUCAUCGACACGCCUGGCCAUGUUGACUUCAGCUAUGAAGUAUCACGGUCCAUAUCUGCUUGCCAAGGAGUUCUGCUCAUUGUAGAUGCAAAUCAGGGAAUUCAAGCACAAACAGUCGCCAAUUUCUACUUGGCAUUUGAGGCUCAACUAACAAUCAUCCCUGUGAUAAACAAGAUUGAUUUGAAAAAUGCUGAUCCAGAGCGAGUGGAAAAACAGAUUGAAAAAGUCUUUGAUAUUCCAAGGGAAGAGUGUAUCAGGAUCUCUGCAAAACUGGGCACAAACGUGGAUCAAGUUCUCCAAGAGGUGGUGAAUCGGAUUCCUCCUCCGACAGCGCGAGUGGACGAUCCGUUUAAAGCCCUCGUCUUCGACUCCACCUUCGACCAUUACAGAGGUGUAGUGGCCAACAUCGCUGUGUUCGGUGGACGCGUGUCCAGAGGAGACAAGAUCGUCUCGGCGCACAUGGGAAAGUCGUAUGAGGUCAAUGAGCUGGGCGUCCUGAGACCGGACCAACACCCGACAGAAACACUGUAUGCCGGGCAGGUGGGUUACGUGAUCUCAGGGAUGAAGGAAGUGAAGGAGGCUCAGAUUGGAGACACACUUUACCUGCACAAACAGCCUGUGGAGGCGCUGCCGGGGUUCAAACCCGCUAAAGCCAUGGUGUUCGCAGGCAUGUAUCCCAUGGACCAAUCAGAAUACACAGCCCUGCGAAGCGCUGUGGAGAAACUGACGCUGAAUGACUCCAGCGUGACGGUUCAGCGGGACAGCAGUUUGGCUUUGGGGGCUGGAUGGAGGCUGGGAUUUCUGGGCCUGCUGCACAUGGAGGUGUUUAACCAGCGUUUAGAGCAGGAGUAUAAUGCGUCUGUCAUCAUAACGUCUCCGACUGUACCAUACAAGGCCGUGUUGGCAUCUGCCAAACUCAUAAAGGAACACGGUGAGGAAGAGAUCACCAUCAUCAACCCUGCUCACUUCCCUGACAGGUCACAGGUGGUGAAGUAUCUGGAACCCAUGGUGUUGGGAACCAUCAUCGCUCCGGACGACUUCACUGGGAAGAUCAUGAGCCUGUGUCAGACCCGCAGGGCUGUUCAGAAGAACAUGUUCUACAUCGAUGAUCAUCGAGUGAUGAUGAAGUACAUAUUCCCUCUAAAUGAGAUCGUGGUGGACUUUUACGACCAGCUCAAGUCCAUGUCGUCAGGAUACGCCAGUUUUGAUUAUGAGGAUGCUGGUUAUGAGGCUGCUGAACUGAUUAAGAUGGACUUCCUCCUCAACGGGCGGCCAGUGGAGGAACUCGCCAUUAUCAUUCAUAAAGAGAAAGCGUACAGUGCGGGAAAAGCCAUAUGUGAGCGACUGAAAGAGUCCAUCCCGAGACAAAUGUUUGAGAUCGCAGUGCAGGCAGCCAUCGGCAGCAAGAUCAUCGCACGAGAAACGAUCAAAGCAUACCGGAAGAAUGUUCUAGCAAAAUGUUACGGCGGUGACAUUACACGAAAAAUGAAACUGCUGAAGAAGCAGGCCGAAGGAAAGAAGAAAAUGAGGCGCAUUGGAAACAUCGACGUCCCAAAAGACGCUUUCAUCAACGUUCUUAAACGGACGUAGUUCCCUCUGGAACAUAAUCAUAACAGACAUCAAAGCCUGGGCUUGAUUUGUGGAUGUGAACAUGCCAAUGUACAGUAUGGUGAUUGAUUCAGAAAUGCUAUUAAAGUUUAUAUAACCGA